CUGCUAGUUGGUGUCAUGCGCUUUCCCACGACAACGCGUCACAGCUUCACCGGAACGUGAUUAUAUCGGUACUCCCCUCCUAGGGCCUAGCUCAUACAAAUGCUGAUGUGAAUGAUCGAUAUGAACCUUGCUCCCACCCUCGUCUAGACGUGUCAUGGAUAGAAGAUCAGACGAGUUUCUGCUAGCAGAAAGCCCAACCCGAGAGGCGGCAUACGACGACCCGGAGAGCCCUUUUAUUCCUACAUUCCGCACCAAGCCAAUGGCAUCCGUUAAGGGCAGAAAUAGACCUCUCAGGACAAUCUGCAUAGUUCUGGUGGCCGUUUCCUUGCUCAGCUUUGGAGUUGUUCUGCUCAAGCCCUUGAGCUAUCUGGACAUUGACAUUGAAAAGGCGGCUGUGUAUCCCGCUACCUUCAACUCGCAGUCGUACGUCCAAGGCCCACCCACCCAACGUUUUCGAGAUAACCUUCGAAACGACACAAAAUACAUUACAUCGUGGAUUUCUGCAGGAUGGACGAAUGACGUGAUGACCUAUGGAAAUUUGAUUUACCUCGCACUCAUAACAGAGCGUAUACCCAUAAUUGCGAAGUUCAUUCCUUCUCAUGUUGACAACAGUGCACCUCCAUUUGCUUUUGGCGAAGUGUUUGACGUCCCUCGGCUCAGCCAAGCCAUAAAGAGUCCCAUAAUUGAAUGGCAUGAAGUGAAGGACUCGGCAAGCGAGGUUCUCGACGACCUUGGUUGUUGGAGUCUUUGGGAAAGCGUCCAAAAGACCCAAUCCCAUCCUCGGGGAAGUUUUUCCCUUAAUUGGCUCAAGCUCGAUGUCUCGUGGACACGAACCCCAGAUUGGGUCAAGCUGACUCCUCCCGGCGUAACAGACAGCCACGCUUCGUUUUGGUCCCUUGCCACAUUGGGAUUUCCGGAGGCUCGCGCCAACAAUUUGCAAUCAACCAAUUAUCCCUCCCCUCAACAUCAGGUUUCCCUUCCCCCGGAUGAUCAGCUACUAUGCUUCGAUUACUUGUACUACAUGGGUGCCCAGAAUGCAUGGGAAUGGGAAUCAGACUAUGGUCCUGCAUGGAGAUUUGUGGGCCAACAUAUGCGCUGGAAUGCAAGCCUCGAAAAUCUUGCUAACGAGCAUGCCCGGCGCGCUAUGAAUGUGCCAGUAAAUGAGCCAAUACCACCCUAUAUAUCUAUCCACAUACGGCAUGGUGACUUCCGCAAUUACUGUAAUGAUAUACCUCUGGACCAGUGCUUUGCCUCGUUGCCUGUCAUUGCGCGCAGGGUGGCCGAGGUGCAAGAAGAGCUGCGCACACAAAAAGGUAUCGAGGUCACACAAGUUAUCAUGACGAGCGACGAGCGUGACCCAGAAUGGUGGUCUGGGGUCAGGGCAUUGGGCUGGACGUGGGUUGAUUAUACAACCGAGCGGACAGAGGAGAUCUAUGGAAAGUGGUAUCCGGUGUUCAUUGACGCUGUCAUCCAAUCGAAUGGAGCUGGCUUCGUUGGCACUGACGGCUCCACGAUGACCACCCUAGCUCGUCGGAGAGUGGAAUCGUGGCAUGAUGGACCAACUCGAGUCGUCAAAUGGGGCUCCCCGAACGCUGAUGAUCACUGAUAUAAUUGGAUUGAUGGAAUGGAAGUGAACUUUGCGCCGUAAAUAUUAUUAGUCGAACGGACA